AAAAGUUUCCAUUAAAGGGCUAUAGGAGGAAGUGAACAAUGUCAGCCACAGAAGAGGUACACGGGAAAAAGAGACAGCUUGACGAGAUUGAGAUUGAUCUGAGUCAAACUGCGCCUUUGUCAAAGAAGCAAAAACGUUUACUGAGAAAGGGUAAAUUGGACCUGACCAAAUUGGAACAAGCUCAGAAGGAAGAAGCUGAAAGGCUCAUAGAAAAAAAGAAGAAGAAAGAGAAGAAAGAGCCCAAGUUUGGUGUAUGGAUUGGGAACAUGGCAUUUGAUACUGAGAAGGGAGACGUUGUGAGAUUUAUCGUUUCCAAGACUGCUGAAUUACCAGAGUAUUCCACAGAACUUUCUGAUGAUGAACCAUGUAAGGUCACAGAGAAAGACGUGGCAAGAUUCAAUUUGCCAAAUCAAUCUGGCUCGAAGAAGAUUAAAGGUUUUGCCUAUGUCGACUUCAACACCAAAAACCACCAAUUGGCAGUCAUACAGCUAAGUGAACAACAGUUGAACGGGAGAAACUUGCUCAUCAAGGAUUCCAAAUCAUUUGCAGGUAGACCGACAAAGGAAGAUGUUGAACUUUCAAAGAAUCCACCGUCUAGAAUUCUGUUCGUUGGUAACCUCUCCUUUGAUACCACCCAAGAGAUGCUCACUGACCAAUUCCAGCACUGUGGUGAGAUUGUAAAGAUCCGUAUGGCAACUUUCCAGGAUACCGGUAAGUGUAAAGGGUUUGCAUUUAUCGAUUUCAAAGAUGAAGAAGGUCCAACAAAGGCCCUAAAGGACAAAUCCUGCAGAAAACUGCUGAGUAGAACUUUGAGAAUGGAAUACGGUGAAGACAGAUCCAAGAGAACUCCUAACCAUAUAAGUAAGGACAAGAAUGGCUCUGAUGACCGCAAUAAUGUUUCUCGCGGCGAGGAGCCUUCAUCUGCACCUCCUCCAGCUCAUCUCAAGACACACACUGAGAGACCAAUCAGGGAGAGAAAGGUCAGUGACCAGAAGCAAACAAAGAGAAGAAGUGCUCACUCCAGGGCAGACAAGCCUGACCAUAGACAGAAAUCAAGUAUUGCCCUCGCUACUGCACAGAGAGGAAGCGCAGCAAUCGUCAAAUCAACCGGUAAGAAGACAACCUUUGAUUGAACACAUCCACGUACUUGCACAAUCCGGGACAUUGAAGACUGAUCUAUCAACUUACCAGCGCACCAUGUACGGUGCACAUAAAGACAGAACAAGCUUGCAUAUAUAUUGACCGCAUGCUUGUUAUGUAACUAAUCUAUAUCAUCUUCGUAUACAACUUCCAGCGUUGCCCUGUCCUCGUAGU